AUGCCGUUUGCACCAAUAAAAGAUGGCGAAUUUACGAGUACAAUUUAUGGAAUGAUUAAAGAACGUCGAUAUGAAAAUGCAAUUCGAUCAUUGCAGUAUGAAUUGCAACGAACGCCAAAUAGUAGAGCAGCAUUAUCAUUACUUGGCUAUUGCUAUUUCUAUUUACAACAAUUUAUUGAAGCAGCAGAAUGCUAUGAGCAACUUGUCCGGUUACAUUCAUCCUAUCCGGAAUAUAGACUUUAUUGGGCUCAAUCACUCUACAAUGCUUUUAUGUUUCCGGAAGCUAGUGCUGUUAUUUCACAAAUUGAUGAGCCACAAUUUGCUCAACAAGUGUUAAAAUUAGAAUCAGCAAUUAAAUAUCGUGAGGAAGAUAUAAUAAAUGCUCGAAUGCUUGUUGAAAAAUAUGCAAUGGAUGAUCCAGAUGGUGAUAUCAAUUUAGCAUGUCUUGAAUAUAAGGAAGGAAAUUAUGAAAAAGCACUUGAACGUUUUACAACUGCUACACAUAUUCAUGGUUAUCAGCCAUGUUUAGCUUAUUCAAUAGCAUUAUGCCAUUAUCAAAUGCAUAAUUACUCACAGGCAUUAAAAUUUAUUGCUGAUAUUAUUGAUCAAGGUGUGCAAAAUCAUCCAGAAUUAUCAAUUGGUAUGGCAACGGAAGGUAUGGAAGUGAGUUCAGUUGGUAAUACACGUCUUUUACGUGAGACAUCAUUGGUUGAAGCGUGUAAUUUAAAAGCAGCAAUUGAAUAUAACCUAAAAAAUUUAUCAGCAGCUUCUGAAGCAUUAACAGAUAUGCCACCAAGACUGGAAGAGGAACUUGAUCCGGUCACUUUACAUAAUCAAGCUUUAAUUAAUAUGGAUAGUAAUCCGUCCGAUGGUUUUGCAAAAUUACAGUAUCUUUUGAGUCAAAAUCCAUUUCCACCGGAAACAUUCAGUAAUUUACUUCUUCUCUACUGCAAAUAUGAGUAUUACGAUUUAGCAGCUGAUGUAUUGGCUGAAAAUGCUCAUUUGACGUAUAAAUAUCUUACGCAAUAUUUGUAUGAUUAUAUUGAUGCGCUAAUUACCCAACAGACAGCGCCAAUGGAUGCAUACAACAAAUUUGAAGCAAUUAGUAACGAACAAAUUAAUGAAUUGCGUAGAUUGACGAAACGUAUGAAUGAAAUUCGUGAUGGAAAUGAUGAAUUGAUUAUUCAAAAAACUGCUAAAGCAUAUGAUGAUACAAUGGCUAGGGCAAUAAAUUUAAGGAAGCAGCGGGAUUUUAUGAGCCAAAUGUUAAAAAGAAUUUUGACAAUUAUAACAGCGAUAAUUUUGGCAAAUCUUAGUGUCUGUUACAUUAUGACUAAUCAAAAUGAAGAGGCUGAAGAAUUGAUGAAAAAAGUUGAAAAUGAAGAAGAAGCAAGUGCAGCAAAUUUAAAUAAAACAAAAUUCUUCCAUUUAUGUAUUAUAAAUCUUGUUAUUGGUACACUUUAUUGUUCAAAAGGUAAUUAUGAAUUUGGUAUUUCACGAGUAAUUAAAGCAAUGGAACCAUAUGAUAAGAAACUUGGCACUGAUACAUGGUUUUACUGUAAACGUUGUAUGAUUUCAUUAAUUGAGAAUUUAGCAAAGCAUCUUAUUAGCAUAAGAGAUUCAGUGCUACAAGAAUGUCUUCAAUUUCUUGAACAAUGUGAAAUUUAUGGAAAAGAUAUACCAACAAUAGUAGCUGAUGCAUUAACACUUAAUGAAUUGGAAAAUGAAAAUGCAAAAAAUACUGUAACUUAUGAGGCUCGAUUAUUACGAGCAUUGUUAUUAGAAGUAAUAAAUAAUUGA